GGAUAAGGGAGAUCUCAUUCUAACACCGAUUUCGGUCCGGUAUGGAAGUUGUCUGAUCUCCAGUCUGAAAUAUUCGAAAUAUAUUUUUUGUAUCAUCGUAAAACACAGAGAUAAAUCUCAUACAUUUUGAAUCUAAGAAUCUAGAAAGACAACAAACUAAAUAAAAUAAACAGAUUUCCUAAAAAUGGCUCAAGUAUUGGAGCACCUUCGGCAAAGGGAUAUGGCCCAGGCCCAGGCCCAGGCCAAGGCUCGAGCGUGCCGGGUGCCGCUUUACCGUAAGCCGCAGCUCGUAAAUAUGGGUAUGCCCACGAACAGAUUGGAUUUGCAAUAUCCACCAAAUGCCCAAAUCCAGGAGCGAUCGGGACGCAGUCGUCGCCUGUCGGCGGGAGUCAACAAUCAACGUUUCGUUGAGUCCACACCACUUGUGGCAGCUCUCGCCAUGGCAGCACCCACUCCACUUCCGAAUAAGUCUUCUGCGAAGAAGAGUUUUCUGCCACGCGUCGCAGGACUCCCCCGCCGAGUCCAGCCCAACGUUGCAACGUUGAAAGAAUUCAAAACACCACUGGCCCGGCCCGUGCCCAACAAGAAUAUGCCGCGCCCCAAAGCCCAACAACCGAAGGUGAAGGACAAUAGCAAUGUCAGCGGCAGUAGCAAAAGCGGGGAGCUUAUCGCUCAGGUCGGUAUGGCGGAGGCUAAUUCGGAAGCGGAGGUGCCCAACUGUUACAAUGUCCAGGAGCUGUUGACUUUUCCCCGAUUGCAUAACAGCAGCCCCACAGACAGCUGUGGCUCCCUUCAUUCCGAUAAAAAAACUAACGAUGUUCCCACCAAGUCCAUUAUGGACGACAAUUCCGAUAUCAAGGAACUCGAGGCACACACCUGGGAUGAGGAGACCGUGAAGACGUUCAACGAGAGCUGCCAGCAGCUUAACGAGACGGUGACCAACCUCAAGUCAAUAAACGAGCAGAUUGAACCAUCCGCCGUUUCGAAGGAGCAGAAGAGAAAGCAUAUCCUGUUCAAUGAACAUAUGAUCCAGGAGCUGAAGAUGCUGACAAAGAUGAAUAUACAGAUGCAUUGCAAUCUCCAGGCUAUUAUGGGUUCGGUGUUACGCACAGAAGGAGGAGGCCCGGCAGAGGUGCCACCGAAACCACAGAAUCCUGAGGAACCGACGACCAACAACAGCACCACCACGGGCACCAACGAUUUGAGCCCAAGCGAUUCCAUCUGCAGCAUCUACUCACCGUCCCCCUGCUUCAGAUACAUCCAAUUCUGCCACGAGGAGGUCAUGGCAUCGGAAUUGCAUCUACCUCGCUUAACGGCCGAAUCCGUGUCAUGUGGCAUUGUCAACGAGUACAUAAUGAAUCGUAUGUCGGACUCCGAGUCCGAAACCGAUGACGAACACGAAGUCGAAAAGAAGUCAGUUGCUGAGUCGAUUGAUAUCUUCUAUGAUUUUUCCCAGUAUUCCCCCUUAAUGAGUCACGAAAUCGAAAAUAAGUCAGAUGAUGAGUCGGUUGAUAUCUUCUAUGAUUUUUCCCAGUAUCCCCCCUUAAUGAGUCACGAAAUCGAAAAUAAGUCAGAUGAUGAGUCGGUUGAUAUCUUCUAUGAUUUUUCCCAGUAUCCCCCCUUAAUGACUCACGAAGUCGAAAAGAAGUCAGAUACUGAGUCGAUUGACCUGGGCUCAAGGUCAAAAAGCGAAAGACGACACUUUUGAACGGAAAACGGACAAAGUCUUCCAAAAAGGUCAACACAAGUCUACGAUUGGCAAGAGUUUAGGCCGACUCCGCAAAGGAUUGCUCUCGAGAAUUGUUCAAGACAAUCCUAAUGGGGUUCGCACAGUUUAUCGUGAUCCUCGUGCUGAUCAUGGCCCUGAUCCCACCGCUCAUUGCCCACACCACAAACACCGCACCACAUGACGUUCCCCAAUUUCAUUGAUGUUACUAAUGAUUUUUGCUUCUUAAGUGGUUUUUCAAAAUUGCUUAAAGUUCAGAGAAGUCCAUCAACUUCGUUUCGCAAACAACAACAGUAAAAGUCAAAAUUUUGCAUUCCAGCUUACGUUUAAUAACGCCCACAAACAACAGAGAGUGAGAUCAAUGUUAGU